UCGCUUCAGGUUCCGGGGCGCGCCGCCUCGGCUAGCGGCCUGGGGUCCGGCGGGAUGGAGGAGGCCGCGCUCGGGGAGGCCGAACUCAACUGGUCCCGCCUCAGCGUGUCGGCCGAGGCGCUGGAGUCGGAGCUGGAGGCGCGCGCGGAGGAGCGGCGCGGCUCACGGGAGGCGCUGCUGCGGCUGCUGCUGCCGUAUAACCGUCUGACGUCGCUGCCACGGGCGCUGGGCAGCGGCUUCCCACACCUCCAGCUCCUGGACGUGAGCGGCAACGCGCUCACGGCGCUGGGACCCGAGCUGCUGACGCUGAGCGGCCUGCGCACGCUGCUGGCCAGGAACAACCGGCUCGGCGGCCCGGGCUCGCUGCCCAAGGGCCUGGGCCAGUCGCCGCUCUGCCGCAGCCUCCAGGUACUCAACCUCAGCGGCAACUGCUUCCAGGAGCUGCCGGCCUCGCUGCUGGAGCUGCGCGCGCUUCAGACCCUCAGCCUGGGAGGCAACCAGCUGCAGAGCAUCCCCGCCGAGAUCGAGAACUUGCAGAGUUUAGAAUGUUUAUACCUUGGAGGAAACUUCAUUAAAGAAAUCCCACCAGAAUUAGCAAAUCUGCCUUCUCUGAAUUACUUGGUGUUGUGUGACAACAAGAUCCAAAGUGUGCCUCCUCAGCUCUCACAGCUGCAUUCGCUUCGAUCCCUCAGUCUACACAAUAACUUGCUGACGUACCUGCCUCGAGAGAUCCUCAAUCUUAUUCACCUGGAAGAGUUGAGUUUACGAGGAAACCCAUUGGUGGUCCGUUUUGUUAGAGAUUUAACGUAUGACCCUCCAACUCUUCUGGAAUUAGCUGCAAGGACCAUUAAGAUCCGAAGUAUUUCUUACACUCCCUAUGAUCUUCCUGGGAAUCUUCUUAGAUACUUGGGCUCUGCCAGCAAUUGUCCAAACCCAAAGUGCGGUGGAGUCUAUUUUGACUGUUGUGUCAGACAGAUUAAGUUUGUGGACUUCUGUGGGAAGUACCGCCUCCCCCUCAUGCACUAUCUGUGUUCUCCAGAGUGCUCCUCCCCCUGCAGCUCUGCCUCACACAGCUCCACAUCCCAGAGUGAGUCUGACUCAGAAGAUGAGGCCAGUGUGGCCGCACACAGAAUGCAGAAAGUUCUUCUUGGUUGA